UUUGACUUCCGGUAUGAUGAGCUCCGGUAUCAAAACACAGUAACAAUGGACCUAAAGUCACACAAAACGUCAAAGGAUCGACACACAAAGGGUGGUAGUGACAGUCUGGCACUGACUGCUGUAGCACUACAAGAUCACUGGUCACGGAUGCUGUCACUAGGGGCAACCCGAGGACCCCGCAGUAUAGGGCUAGGUCCAGCUGCUAGGGCCAAGCAGAAGAAAGAUGUCAGGCCUGUAAUUGACACAGGGAGAUUUCGUCAAAAAGCAAAGAAACCCACUGAAGCAGAAGAGGAAGUGGAAUAUGUCUUAGAUUCCAAACCUCCACCACUGACAUUGGCACAGAAGUUUGGACUCGUGGAUGCACCGGACCAGCCACUGUCAGAGGCUGAGUGGAAACAUGUCAAGGAAAAGUCUAACAACCGAGAUGACUCUCAUCAGCCCUGUGUUAUCUGUAAAGAAGACUUUGGACUUCAGGAACAGGUUUUGCUUUCCUGCACCCAUGUAUUUCACCGGGCAUGUCUACAAGCUUUCGAGAGGUUCACUGGUAAGAAGACCUGCCCCAUGUGUCGACGUGAGCAGUACCAGACCAGACUCAUACAUGAGGGGGCCAAGCUUCACAGAGUCACCUGUGCAGUCAGGAUUCAAGCAGCAUGGCGAGGCUAUGUUGUUCGAUGUUGGUAUCGUAAACUGAGGGAGACACAUCCACCCACUGAUCCCAAACUCAGAAAGAAAUUCUUUGAGGAGAAGCUGCAGACAAUCACAGACCGAAUGGUGAGAUCAUGUGACUUUAAUGUCGGGGACUUCUUGUCGGAGAUUGACAGGAGUCUGAAAGCCAGUCGUGAUGUGUUUCGCAACUUUGACGCAAUGUUCACCCAGAUCACAGAGGAGGAAUGGGACAAGAUUCAGCUGAAGGCUGUCGAGAGAGGUCACGGUGACUGUCCUAUCUGCCUGACAUCACUCAAGACCCAAGGACUUACAGCUGAGACUCAAGAUGCCAAAACUGUAACACCAAAAGCAACAAAAUCUCACAGAAAAAAAGAAAACCCAUUACUGAAACUUCAGAACUAUUCCUUGUCCAAAUCAAAACCUGGAAAUAUUCAAAACAGCGUGUGCAUGAACAGUGUUGAGACCUUAACUUCUAGAGUGACUGAUUCUUCCCAGGCUGAACCUGAAGCAGGUCCUGGAGGUGACAGGAGCAGUCGGACCACCGUGUUGUUGUCCUGUUCCCACGUGUUCCACGAGACAUGUCUGGACAUGCUGGAGCACCUGGCGAUAGGGGAGAUCAAGAAGACGUGUCCAGUGUGUCGUACAGCGUACCAGAAGAAAGUCAUACAUCUUGCAUGACAAAGUCAGGGGUGGACAACUUGAACUAAAUCACUUUUCAUUUCAGACUAGUUCAUACAAUUUUCCAGGAAUAUUUUUGCCACUGUUGCCGAAGCAGCUUAAUAUAAAAGAUAUAUACACAGUUUACAGAACAGUCAAUAUUUAAUGUGUGAUAUUUAUUGUCAUAUGACCGAUUGUCUUACGAACCUUUACCCAAUCUACCUGUUGCCCGGACGGCUUUAUAUCGCAUGAGACGAGAAUAGUGUCCUGUGAUCUUUGUACAUGUUGAUUAUUGAAUGUGUGAUAUUUAUUGUAAGAUGAUGGGUUGCAAAACAAAGUCUGUGUUUGCCAAAAUAUGUCUUUCUUCCAUUCCUGGAUGCCAAAGAUAGAGCAGUAAAAAGCUCAAUAUGUAUGAACAUGAACAUAAAUGAAAAUGUCAUUUUAUGAAUAUAACUUCAGUGUUUGCUUUAAUACAUGAAAGGUUCAAAUCUGUAAAAUCAUCGCACAGUGUCUGUUGCCCGUUAUCCAUCCAGCAAAGAGGUUGUGUGUUCCAUUUCCCCUUACAGGACAAAGUCUGUGAAAUUGAAACUUUGUAGUGAUGAUCCCAGAAUUUGUGUACCUGAAAUAUCUCUGUGGAAAACCGUUGUGCUUUUCUUCAUUGCCACCACAGGCGUCAAACAUUAGUUCACCCGAAUGAAAUUUAAGUGACCUUAUGUCAGUCUCAUUGCAUUUUUGGCAUCCCCUAGAAGGCCUUCAAGGAUUAAAGUGUGCAUGACUGAUCCAAGCUAUGUUUGUAAAAUAGUCACAGAAUUAAAGGCAUCCUUGAUGAACUACGAUCUUCACGGGUCAGGUAGGCAAGAUGAGAUGACAUAUUGCAUGGAUGGUAAUUGCUCUUGUUAAUGAGUUAUUUUAUGUAUACUGAAAUUAUACAGCAACAAUGCAAAAACUGUGUUCUGAAUCUUUCAUUACUUCCGUCAUGAAAAACUACAUGACUUGCAGAUAGGGAACAUAAGCAUGGCCUGUGAGCAUAGCAGGGAUACUGUGAGCAUAGCAGUGACAUGAAAUCUAUGUACCUGCCUUUAAUUGGGUAGCAGCAGAUGUAUCAUCAAUACAUAGUAACUGAAAGUUUAGUAGAACUGCAUUUCACAAAACAGAUGGCUGUCAAAGUAGUAAAAAUGAAGUGCCUUUUUCCUCUCAUUGCAAUACAUGAAGGACAAGAGACAUUAUUGUGAUAAUAUCUGUUUAUUAUGUCUUGAAGAUGCAUUAAAUACAUAUUAAAAUA